CAUUGUUUAAAAGCCAUAAAAAUUUACGACAACGGCAAUGCUGAAAGGAGGAAGUGAACAUGUAAGAGUUACUUAGUCUAGUAUUGAACGUGCUCAAUCCCUCACAGCAUUGAUGCAGACAUGACUUUUCUUUAUGUUGCUCACCUGAUACUCGCUGGUCUCAUGGGAAUCCAAAGCAUAACUACUGUCAGUCAAGUGGCAGUGAAGGCUGGAGAUUCCAUCUCCAUCCCAUGCCUAUAUGACUUGAGAUACAAAGAUAAUGAGAAAUACUUGUGUAAACAAAGACGGUGGGGCAUCUGCGAAAAUGUAGUUAAUACAAACCAGCCAGAUACUUCAGGACUGUUUUCAAUCUCUGAUGACAAAACACAAGGUAUCUUCACAGUCACUUUUAAUAAUCCAAUGGUUGAAGGUACAAGCUUCUACAGGUGUGCAAUCGUGAGACGUGUCCUGGAUAUCAAAAGAACUUUUAAGCUGUCAGUCCACCGAGGUAUGCCAAAUCUGUACGUGGAAGAACAGGAAAUCACAGCAUUUGAAGGAGGAAGUGUGACUGUCAAGUGCCACUUUUACAAUACAAAAGUAACCAAGUGGUGCCGGCUGGACCGCAACUGCGUGUCAGAUCUGACUGGAUCAAUCGAUGGAGCAACAUUCACCAUCAACACAAGUGUCUCAAAUGUGUUCACUGUGACUAUGAGUGGACUGAGGGUAGAGAACAGCGGCUGGUAUUGGUGUGAUAAAGGAGACUUACAGAUGCCAGUGCAUAUAACUGUUUAUGAGUUAAACUCAACUAUUUCAACUACUUCAACUACUUCAACUACUUCAACUAUUUCAACUAUUUCAACUACAAUGGGCACCAAUACAGCAACGACACUUCAAAGCACUAUCCAGAAUGCCUCCCUGUUUACAAGUGUAGAGCCAGAUACAGUUCAGCCCUCCUUCUCCACCGUAAUCGGGACAGGCGGAGAGAGCCUACAAGACAAAAACAAGAGCACCACUUUAAUAUCGAUUAUCACCUCAACCCUGGUCUUACUGCUGUUGGUUGUUCCCACUGCCUUUUUUGGAUGGAGAGUGAUGAAUAAACGUAAUAAAACCAAGACCGGAGGGCCAAUCAUUACUGGGGGCUCAGAAGUUAAGGAAGAUACUGAGCUGCACUAUGCUGCCAUUAUUCAAAAUCCACAUGCAGCAUCCCAGCAGACGCAGAAUAUACCAGAAGAGAGUGUCACUUACAGUACCAUUGUAUUGAACCAUAGUGUAUGACAAAUGCAGACUGAACCAGUCGAUGGAGGUGUGAUCUACAGCACUAAAACUAAAAUAAAUACUCAUCAGCAGAAAAGAUGUGAAGACAAGUAUGGCUACACAUAUUAUAACAUUAUGGAUACAUAAUCAACCCAGCAAUCUGUAUUAGAGACGUGUGCAAUUGAGAGACUUCCAUGUACAGAUGUUUUUUUUUUCUGUGCAACCCUGCAAACUUACAAACUGUAUAUUAAUAAUGUUGAAAAAAAAUUGGAUUUUUUUUCUUUUUAUCCACCACGUUUCAAAGUCAAGAUUUCCGGAAGGCCAGAGCACCACUGUUUUGUUGCUCUACAAAUAGAAGUGUGAUGUAAAACAUUUGUCACAUUUUCUGUUUGCCACAUUGAGUAAGAGCCAUUUCUGCCAAUAAUUGACCAAAUGUAGGAAGUGAGUCAGUAAAAAGGUUUAAUUCUUGUUACAGCUUCCCCUUUUGAAGUUGACAUCAUACCAUUGAAUAUAAUCAUGAUCUAGAAAUGGAUCUUUUAUAAUUAUCAUCCCUAAUCCUCUUCUUCACUUUGGCUUUAAUAAGAUCCUGUACAUAUUGCUACUAAGGCUGCAACCAAAUAAUUCAGUCUAAAACCAAAAUACAUUCAGUUUAAUUGUAUGUGCAACAAAGAAAAGCAGGAAAUCUCUGUAAUUGAAAGGCUGAAAAAGACUUUAACAAUUAACCAUUUUUUUGCCAAUUUACUUUUCAUUGUAGCUGCAGUUUUUAGAUAUGUCUGAUUAUCGCCUCAUUUCUUAUCAAUAAUCCAGUUUAAUAAUACAAUAUAAUAAUCUGGUAUUUAGUCAAGGAGGACAACUACAGGAUUAGCUCGGGGACGUGGUUUACUAUUCUGUUGACACAAUUGCUAAAUGAAAAAAUGUCAAGGAUAUAUUUAUUGUUGAACCUUGUGAGAAGUGUAUGUCUUAAUAAUGUGUCUUAAUUUAUUGUGCAAAUAAAAACAGAACAUUUAAAAAAAAUGAACAACAUAACUACAUCUAACCUUUAUUGUUGUUGAGUUUUAAUGCAAUGUAAAAUGAAGCUGUUUGCAGUUGUAGCUGCAUCAUCCAACUCAGUUAUCCAAACAGUCUUCAAGAGGAAGAGAAAGGACGUUUUGGUCUCUUGCGAUUGCACGUUUAUGAAAAUCAGGAAGUAAAAAGAUCCGAGCCUAUAAGUUCAUGUUGUUUUGUGUUACUUGACUUUCACUCACUCACGC